UAAUGUUCCAUUUAAGCUGAUUGUCAACGGCCAUUAAACACGAAGAAGUAGCAAUAGCAGUAGUAGCGUGUAAAUUUUUGUUCUGCUCAUUUUGUGGCUUGAAAUAUGUACGAUCAGGAUGAAGAUAACCAAUACGAUGAGGAUGAUGAUGAAAUCACUCCUGAUCUGUGGCAAGAAGCCUGUUGGAUCGUUAUCAGCUCAUACUUUGAUGAGAAGGGUUUGGUUCGACAGCAGCUUGACUCCUUCGAUGAAUUCAUCCAGAUGUCAGUGCAGAGAAUUGUGGAAGAUGCCCCUCCCAUUGACCUCCAAGCUGAAGCCCAGCACGCCUCCGGAGAAGUGGAGGAGCCGCCACGAUACUUGUUGAAGUUUGAACAGAUUUAUUUGUCAAAGCCUACCCAUUGGGAGCGAGACGGUGCCCCAUCUCCCAUGAUGCCCAAUGAAGCAAGGCUCAGAAACUUGACGUACUCUGCUCCUUUGUAUGUUGACAUCACAAAGACCAUCAUCAAGGAGGGUGAGGACCAGCUACAAACACAGCACCAGAAGACCUUCAUUGGUAAAAUUCCCAUCAUGCUUCGCUCCACUUACUGCCUCCUGAGCGGUCUGACCGACCGUGACCUGUGUGAACUGAAUGAGUGCCCACUUGACCCUGGUGGGUACUUCAUCAUCAAUGGCUCUGAAAAGGUGUUGAUUGCUCAGGAAAAGAUGGCUACCAACACAGUCUAUGUCUUUGCUAAGAAAGACUCAAAGUAUGCCUACACAGCGGAGUGUCGCUCUUGUCUGGAGAAUUCGUCACGUCCCACUAGCACCAUCUGGGUCAGCAUGAUGGCUAGAGGGGGACAGGGAGUGAAGAAGAGUGCGAUUGGCCAGAGGAUUGUGUCCACGCUGCCAUACAUCAGACAGGAAGUGCCCAUCAUCAUUGUAUUUCGAGCCCUAGGCUUUGUUUCGGACAGAGACAUUCUGGAACACAUCAUUUACGACUUUGACGACCCCGAGAUGAUGGAGAUGGUGAAGCCUUCACUGGAUGAAGCCUUUGUCAUCCAGGAGCAGAAUGUGGCUCUGAACUUCAUCGGUUCCAGAGGAGCAAAACCUGGAGUGACAAAAGAGAGGAGGAUCAAAUAUGCCAAAGAGGUUCUUCAGAAGGAAAUGCUGCCACAUGUUGGUGUCAGUGACUUCUGUGAGACCAAAAAGGCUUAUUUCUUAGGGUACAUGGUUCACAGACUGCUGCUUGCAGCUCUGGGUAGACGAGAACUCGAUGACAGAGAUCACUAUGGUAACAAGAGGCUGGACUUGGCUGGACCGCUACUGGCUUUCCUCUUUCGAGGCAUGUUUAAGAACCUGCUCAAGGAGAUCAGAAUUUAUGCACAGAAGUUCAUUGACAAGGGAAAGGACUUCAAUCUCGAGCUAGCCAUCAAAACCCGCAUCAUCUCAGAUGGCCUCAAAUACUCGCUGGCAACAGGCAACUGGGGUGACGUCAAGAAAGCCCACCAAACCAGAGCAGGAGUGUCGCAGGUGCUCAAUCGUCUGACUUUUGCAUCUACUCUGUCACACCUCCGCCGAGUCAACUCGCCUAUUGGUAGAGACGGAAAGCUGGCAAAGCCUCGGCAACUGCACAACACCUUAUGGGGCAUGGUGUGUCCGGCAGAAACACCUGAGGGGCAUGCUGUUGGUCUGGUGAAGAACUUGGCCCUGAUGGCCUACAUCUCUGUGGGCUCCCAGCCAUCGCCGAUUCUGGAAUUUCUGGAGGAGUGGAGCAUGGAAAACCUGGAGGAGAUUUCCCCUGCUGCUAUCGCUGAUGCCACAAAGAUCUUUGUGAAUGGCUGCUGGGUUGGUAUCCACAAAGACCCCGAACAGCUGAUGAACACACUCAGGAAACUUAGACGGCAGAUGGACAUCAUUGUCUCUGAGGUGUCUAUGAUCAGAGACAUCAGAGAACGAGAGAUCAGAAUCUACACAGACGCCGGGCGAAUCUGUCGACCGCUGCUGAUUGUGGAGAAACAGAAACUGCUACUGAAGAGACGUCAUAUUGACCAACUAAAGGAGCGAGAGUACAAUAACUACAGCUGGCAGGACCUGGUAGCUAGUGGUGUGGUGGAAUACAUCGACACUUUAGAAGAAGAGACCGUGAUGCUGGCUAUGACCCCUGAUGACCUUCAGGAAAAAGGAGUGGCCUAUUGCUCCACCUACACCCACUGUGAGAUUCAUCCGUCCAUGAUCCUGGGAGUCUGUGCUUCCAUAAUUCCUUUCCCUGAUCACAAUCAGUCUCCCAGGAACACAUACCAGUCAGCUAUGGGGAAGCAAGCUAUGGGCGUCUACAUCACUAACUUCCAUGUCAGAAUGGACACCCUGGCCCAUGUAUUGUACUACCCUCAGAAACCACUAGUCACCACACGCUCAAUGGAGUACCUGCGCUUCAGGGAGCUCCCUGCAGGUAUUAAUUCAAUUGUAGCUAUUGCUUCAUACACGGGCUACAACCAGGAGGAUUCAAUCAUCAUGAACAGAUCAGCUGUGGAUCGAGGCUUCUUCAGGUCUGUUUUCUAUAGAUCAUACAAAGAACAAGAGUCAAAGAAGGGCUUUGAUCAAGAAGAGAUGUUUGAGAAGCCCACAAGAGAAACCUGUCAGGGUAUGCGACAUGCCAUCUACGAUAAGCUGGAUGAUGAUGGCCUCAUUGCACCUGGUGUUCGUGUGUCUGGUGAGGACGUAAUCAUCGGAAAAACUGUGACUCUGCCAGAAAAUGAUGAUGAGCUGGACAGCACCAAUCGCCGAUACACCAAGAGGGACUGCAGCACCUUCUUGCGAACCAGUGAGACCGGCAUUGUGGAUCAGGUCAUGGUAACCCUUAACCAGGAGGGCUACAAGUUUUGCAAGAUCAGGGUUCGCUCUGUGCGGAUUCCGCAGAUUGGAGACAAGUUCGCCAGUCGACAUGGACAGAAGGGAACCUGUGGUAUCCAGUACAGGCAGGAGGACAUGCCAUUUACCUGUGAGGGAAUUACACCUGACAUCAUAAUUAACCCUCAUGCCAUCCCAUCUCGUAUGACAGUUGGGCAUUUGAUUGAAUGUCUGCAGGGCAAGGUUUCUGCAAACAAAGGUGAGAUCGGUGAUGCCACGCCAUUCAAUGAUGCUGUCAAUGUGCAGAAAGUGUCCAACCUGCUGUCUGAAUAUGGCUACCACCUUAGAGGAAAUGAGGUUCUGUACAAUGGUUUCACAGGCCGGAAACUCACAUCGCAGAUCUUUAUUGGCCCAACAUAUUACCAGCGUCUGAAGCACAUGGUAGAUGACAAGAUUCAUUCAAGAGCCCGGGGUCCUGUUCAGAUCCUGAACAGGCAGCCAAUGGAGGGCCGUUCACGUGAUGGUGGUCUGCGUUUCGGGGAGAUGGAACGGGACUGUCAGAUUGCUCACGGAGCAGCUCAGUUCCUCAGAGAACGGCUCUUUGAGGCAUCUGAUCCAUAUCAGGUUCACGUCUGCAAUUUGUGUGGCCUCAUGGCCAUCGCCAACACACGAACGCACACUUACGAGUGUCGUGGUUGUCGCAACAAGACACAGAUUUCUCUGGUUCGGAUGCCGUAUGCGUGCAAGCUUCUGUUCCAGGAGCUGAUGUCGAUGAGCAUUGCCCCUCGAAUGAUGACAUCAUAGAGCAGCUCAGCCAAUGACAGCUUCAACAGCCACAGUCUGUGGAAUUUGUGUUUUUACACGCUUAUGUAAAACAGGCCCUUCUAAUCCAUAAAAUAAACACUUUGAUUGUAGUUUUCUAAAA